AUAGUAAAAUAACAAAGUCAAAGGUUACGGCAGUUUGUUUUCACGUCUUGUUUUUAUUAAUUGCAAAAAUGCAUAAUAAGAAAAGAAAUUCUAGGAAACAAAUGAUUUAAAAUAAUAAAAGUGCUUAAAGACAAAACUCCUAAGAAAAUGUCGAGACAUCGCAAUGUGAGAUCCAUGAACUACUCAGAAGAGUACGAUGGAUAUGAUGAUGUUUACGGACAUUCUGUGGAAGAUGACUACUGUGUUUCUCCUAGUGAAGCUGCUUUUAUGUAUGAUAGAGAAGGAUCAAAAAAUAAACAAAAAAUAGGAGCAUUUUUUCAAACAGUGUCAAAUAUAGCCGAGGAACACGAAGGAGAAGUUGAUUCAAAAGGCUCUGGUUCUGACAUCGAGGAAGCCCGUUUACAGUCUUGCAUUGAUCAGGUCAAAGAAACUUUAGGUUCAUCAUUUUCCAUUAAAGAAAUAGUUUUGUCUCUCAAAAAAAAUAAUUUCGAUAUUGAAAAAACCAUAAAUGAUUUAUUGAUGAAAAGGGCUGAUGGAGAAUUAAAACAGGAAACUGACAAAAAAGGGAAAGGUAAGAUGUUAAUGCAGUAUUCAGUAAAAAUUCAAAGACUUUUGUUAUACCAAAGUUGAAUGGAAUGACUAAAACUUCCGAUAGCACAAGUCAAUUAAACACCACUAGUAGCAAUAAUACUGAGGCAACUUCUUUAACUGAUUUGGCUAAUUUACAUUUAAGUAAUUAUUCAGGCAGCGUGAAAUUUCAAAUUCCAAAAUUGUUUGAUAAAAGCAAUAAAAGGUUUCCCUCCAAUACAUUAAGUUCUAAAACAAGCCAAACAGAUAAUGCUAAAAAAUUCAACAGGAAUAUUAAUGACAAUGAUAAAGAAAUAAGUACAAAAAAAUUAGCAGAUCAGGUCUCUCAAAUCAGUUUAUCUGAAAGACAAAAUAAAUCAUUAAGUUCAAUUGAAAACAAAAUUCAAAAACUGUGUCAAGAAGGUGAUAAUGUUUGGAAGAUUGACUUAACAAAAGCCCUAAGAAAUACAAUCAGUGAGCCAGUUUUUAAGUCUAAACAGACAAGAAAAGAUAACAAUAUGGUCACUGAUGAUUUUGAUCUUCCCUUUAUUGAUUGUGAAGUAACUUCAGCUGAAAAAGAGGAAAUAAGUUUUCCUUGCACACUAGAUAUCAGUUAUGUGUUAUCAUUACCGUGUAAUUUGCUCAAAAAACCCUCCACUUUCGGAAGAGUGUUAUACAGAAAAUACCGGAAAAGAAAAAUGCAUGUACUAAGUAAAAAAGAAAAUAUAAAGACGACG